CUUAAUAUCCGCAAUACAAAAAAAAAAUAUCAUGUUUAAAUUUCUUGUCUUUUCCUGUGUCAUUGCCGCUGCCGUUGCUGUGGCUAAACCUGGAAUUCUAUCUCAAACAGUGGGCAUCGCUAGUGCUCCUUCAAUUAUCUCACUACCCAGAGCGAAUAUUGUGAGGACUGUUCCAAUUGCUUUAGCACCUUCAAGUCAAAUUAUUUCUGGAGGAGUAAUUUCAAAGGGUUUGGUCUCAGGUGGAUUGAUUAAUGGUGGCCUAGUGUCCGGUGGUUUGGUAUCAUCAGGCAAAUUAUUAUCUGGAGGUUUGAUUUCUGGAAAAUUAUUGAUCUAAUUCUUUUGAGA